CGAACGAAUCAAAAUGUAUGGAUAUAAUCGCAACGGCGAAAUCUGUAUGGACGGAUAGAAGUGGUGGUGUAAAAUUGCCGUACUUACGCCUCCACAUCGGCGCACCUCUCGAUCUGAAAAUGAGAGACAAAGACGAAAACGAGAUACGCUGACCGCGGCGCGAAGUCGAGCGGGGAAUUGGUCAGGGACAGUUUCUUUCACGUACCGGUCCGCUGGACCACGUUGUCGGUAGAAUUUGCUCGAGGGACGGUGACGACGCAAAGAGACGAAGGGGGGAUCAGGGGGAGAAUUUUGGCUAUGAGAGGAGGACGAGUCGCUGGUUUACCUGAGAGAAGGAAAGAGAAAGAGAGCGAUAGAUAGAUAUAGAGAUUGGUGCGAUCCUUCAAUUUUAAAUCGGAGGGAGAGAAGAAGCUGAAACUAACCCACACCACUCUCCUCGAGCCAUAAGACACGCAACUGUCAUGGCGGCCACACGUGACGCCGGAGAGUUGAACGUCGACGUCGUUUUAUAAGUUGUUUAUUUAUUUAUUAUUUAUUUAUUUAUUUAUUUAUUAUUUAUUUAUUUAUUUAUUUAUUCACUCAUUCACUCAUUCCAAGGGAAGUAAGAACGAGAAAAAAAUAGCUUUCCUUUGGUGUAGUUUGUAACGUGUGAUAUACCGCGGUUUUUAUUAAAGAAAGAUGUUUCUAAUUCUGUAAUAUGUGUUAUGCGUGUGAUAUUUAUCGCGUAACUUUAUCGGACUAGAUAAAUAAUUUAAUUAUUAAACUGAAAUAAAUUGAACGUUAAAACCUGCAGCUUUUAAAUGGAUCUUUACGAAAUUCAACUUGGUGUAAAAUAAACUUGAACAAAAUCAAUCAGCUGAAAAAAUCCUUCUUCGCACAUUUGUUGGAGCGCGUAUCAACCUCAUGAGACCAAAACCUACUCUGUGAUAACAGUAAGAAAAGAAAUUCUAUGACAAAUAAGACGACCAGGGGCUAAACAAAACUAAAUGAAUACAAAAAUCAAAGUCCUAAAAUACACAUAUAUUUGUGACUAUUUGUUUAAAUUAUUUAUUUUUCUUUGUACAAUUAUUCGUCUGCUUUAAAUUUUAAUGCUUGAAGAUAACGUUUGUUCAAUCAGUCACGUGUCCACGUGUGUAUACAUAUAUACUUGUAUAUGUGAUAGAUGCAAUAACCAUAUCUGGUUACAUCAUCGACAGUGAUUCGCAGUAUGAAAUUUGAUCGGUUUGUGCAAUCAACGACAAUAGCUGUUACGGUAAUCCUACAUGAUGUCGUGCGUAAAGAAGAAGCAAAUAUUGUACGUGUGUUAAAGGUACCUGAGCUUGUGAAGUUCGGUUAAGAAAUUCUUUAUCUUUUAUUAUACGUAAUAAUACGGGUGUAUCCCCGUCUUUUCGAAUUCGCACGGGGUUGGCUCGCUGAAAUAAAAGUGGCAAACGCAAAGUCGGGGUUAGAGAUUGCAGAUCUAAUUUGAUGCCACAGACAGUACCGUCCGCGGCUGGGUUCUCGUCGUCUUUCGACUAUAGCCCGUUCGCCUUCGACCUCUCACUACUUCCCGAGGAUCAAGACUCCCUGAACUCCCAGAGCAGCCUGCUGAAACCACCCCAGAUAAAGCGGGAGGCUUGCUCGCCCCGACCGGGAUCACCGAAUACCUACCCGAGCCCACCCUAUCCCGGGCUCUGCGGAGAACUCUCCCCAAACUAUUCGGUCGGCGACGGAUCACCAGGAUAUCCCACCAGCCCGUACUACGUGCCCCAGAGUCCUCUCAGCGCCCAGUUUUACCCGACGAGUCCCGAACCUGCCUCCAAGCAGCCUGCCAAGAGAGAAAAGAGCUUGGACCUCCUGGCCAUACUUCAAGAGUCUAGGCUUCUUGCCGAAAGUCUUGGGUACAAGGAUCAGGACUCAACGGACUGCACGGUGCCCUGUACCCCACCUCGUACCGAGGAGGACAUAUACAACACGCUGGACACGGACUUUUUCGCCAAGAAGGAGGAAGAGUCGAACCCGCUCUUGAAGGAAAUACUCUUCAAGGAGGAACCGCUUUCGGCGGAUUCAUCCUCGCCGUUAUCCCAUAACACUACUGCGCUAGAAUUCGAGAAUUCUCCGCUUCGUGAACUACUCUUCAGAAGUACGACUGGUAGUCAUCAUCACCAUCAGCAGCAGCAGCAGCACCACCACCACCAUCACCACCAGAAUAAACCAGGUGAUAUAAACGGAAAUUUGACUGGGGGAAGGCUCGAGGAGGAGCAACAUCACCACCUCGCCUCGCCUGCGGGUAGCGAUCUCCAGUUAAGGGAGGAGGCGAUAUUUAAGGAACACUCGAAGAACGAUCACCAACUUCUCAGGGAGGUUCUCAGGGACACAAGCUUUCAGAGAAAGUACAACCUGAGACCCGUAGAUCUUGGAGGUGUUGGGACGGGUUUCGUCGAGAACAUGGAGGGCAGCGAGUGCGUCGGUGACUUGGCCAGAGAGCAAAUCGAACCGGUACUAAGCCUCGCUAUGCAGCAGCUUCAGAAGGACUUUGACAACACUUGCGUCGCUCUAGGCAUCCAUCCUGAGCCGAGGCGGUGGAGCGCUGCUGAUGUUGCUGCAUGGGUCCAGUGGGCUCGUAGACAGCUCCAGUUACCUUCGGUACCGCUCGAGAGUUUCAACAUCGAUGGUGCCACCCUCACGUCCCUCACCGAGGAAGAAUUUUGCCAAAGGGCUCCGCAGUGCGGCAGCAUGCUUCACGCGCAACUGGAGAUCUGGAAGGCGGCGGUCGAGGAAUCCCCGAGAAACACCCUCGCGGCCUCUUGGAGCCCUCCUGGAACCGUUCCAGCGACACCCGCGAGCAGCGCCAGCGACGCUUCCUCGAUGCCCGCUUCGGUCAACACCGCUGGACCAGCGUCCGCGGGCAGCGGUUCGGGAUGCGCGAUGCAGGAAUUUUCGGAAGACGAGGAGGAAGAUCCGAUCCCCACGCAGACCGCCGGUGGAAAGAUCCGCAACGGUGGAUCUCACAUUCAUCUCUGGCAGUUCUUGAAGGAACUCCUGCAGAACCCGGGAGUACACGGAUCCUGCAUCCGGUGGCUGGACCGAAGCAAAGGGGUCUUCAAGAUCGAGGAUUCCGUGCGGGUCGCGAGACUCUGGGGUAAGCGGAAGAAUCGCCCUGCUAUGAACUACGACAAGCUCAGCCGUAGCAUAAGGCAGUACUACAAGAAGGGAAUCAUGAAGAAAACGGAACGCAGUCAGAGACUCGUUUAUCAAUUUUGCCAUCCCUACUGCCUCUAGGCGAACAAGAUGCGUGAAAGAGGGAAAAUCUUACGGAUACUUUGGCCUAGUUGUGUUGAGUAUGCGUAAGUCAAACCAUUGCACUUCCGUCCUCACAUUAAUUCGUAUACUGUAUAAUACAUUUCUUAGACUUAUUGCGUAGAAUACAGGUACCGUAUCAAGGUAUACCAUGCCGAAUCACCGAUGAAAUUUGUGCUCGACUUACGAUCGGACGAAUCUUCGUUGCGCGGUUAUUUUAAUUUUUAUGCAUAUUCUCAACUUUAUUAUUAUUAUUAGUAUUAUUAUUAUUUUUGUUAUUAUCGUCAUCAUCGUCAUUGGCAAAGAAGCUGAUACGUGCAGAAACGUAGAUGUAUGUUCGAAAUUCGACCGGAGUCGAGCAAAAUUAUAAUCGGGUUGACUUCCAACUCUUUCCGAUCACGUAUGGAUGAAGGUGGUAACGAGGGGUAAAGAGUUUAAAACCGGAAGUCCUUACAUAAUGAUCCAUCAAACGUUACGGUUAUUGUUUGUCGGACAAUAAUUUGAAACGUGUCGAGGUGGGUGUGUUUAUUGAAUCAGUGUACGCCAAUUACGGCGAUUAAUUAAGAUAUUACUGUUCUUUUUAUCGCAUAUACUGUAGCUUCGUCUUCUAUUUGUAUUUCCUUGCACGUCAAUAUGACGGUAUUUUUUCCUCAUUCUCUUGCCUUCUUAUUUGCAUAUGAAUUGGGCGAUUUCUAAGUAAUCUCUUAUAUAAGUACAAUAAGCAUCGCCCGGGAGGUAACGUCCCGCGAAUGUGAUGUCUUACAUAUGUAGCAAUAUUCACUUUCUCUCUUCAUUCUACGUUUUACUUUUUAUUCUCUUCUUACUACGGUAGCUUCAAGUUCUUUUCUUAGAAAAAAGGGAGAGAAAAAAAAGAAAAAAAUUAAACGUAAAAACGUACGUACGUAUACUUAAGCCUCCUCUUGUAUUUGCUUGCUGGUCUCAAUCGUUGGUUGUUAUGUCACUAUAGGCUAGUCUUAGCGCGUGGAACUGUUCGCUGCUGCUUGACUGGUCUCGCUGUCCUCCUCAAAAAAGUUUUAAAAAAAGUUGAAAAAGCUCAUGCAAUAAAAAAUAAAAAAUACAAGCAGACAAUUCUAGACGCGGCACGUUGUUGCAGGUACGUGUUCUCCUUGGAACACUAGUCGAGCCUCAAAACUGACUUACGUGUGGCCCGUUUAAAUCGGUGAACCGUGACAAAUUGUUCACGCGUUUCCCGGUAAAAGCAAAAAUUUCGUUGCGUAAUCGAUUAUACUUGGUUAUAAAGUAGUCAUGAAAUACGGUACUAAAGAAAUAAAAUAAAUAUCUAAAUCAAUGUUACAUCCGUGAUUAACGGUGUCCACAGUCCGAUGUUUGCAUUUUUUGACAUCUUUCACUUCAAAAUUGCUGGAAACGUUGAAAUGAUGUAGAAGGGGUUGAACAGCAGGUGACAUAAUACAGCUAUGAAUACGAUUCAGACUGGUGAUUUUGGUCCCAUAUAUCUAUGAUAUAUUCAACAUUGUAUGUUCCAUGAACGAUUAGGAUUUAAGGAUUUAUAAAUUAAGGAUAUAGGCUCACGUGGGCUGACAUUGAAAGUUAGAUUAUAUUAAUGUAAAAAUAAGAUGCGCGCGCAUCUGAGUUUAAAUUUAUACAUGCAAGUAUAUAUAUAUUUAUAUACACACACACACACACACACACACAUAUAUAUAUAUAAUAUAACAAUUUUCUAUCGGAGAAUAUCUAUUCUGCCAGUAAUUAUAAAUAUAUCUUUAUUAAUAUUUAUGGACGUAUUGAUCGUACCUUUGAAAAAACACAGUUGUUUUUUUUUUCAAUAUACUUAAUGUUACGGAUCCCUUUUUUGGUUUUACCGUGGCGUAACGCGGUAAUAACAAAGUUCUAGAGAUAUAGAGGUAUAUCAUUUCGAUACACCUCUCCAGUUUCGUUCAAUCAUUUUAUAUAGCUGUAAAUGUAAGUGUUAUACAUGAUGUAUAACACUGGCAAAAUUAUAUUUAUUAUCCUGCUUUUUACAUGUACAUAGCUCCUUGUUACGCUUUAUCAAUCUUUACUAUCGCAAUUAUAUGAUCUUUACUCAAUUUAUAUCUAUACAAUAAUCAUGAUUGCGUAUUUAGUUACACAUUUGUGACCAACUUGUGUACUUUAAGAGAUAUUAUAAAUUUUAUCGAUAACUUUUUUAUCGACAAGUUAUUUAAUCAAGUAUAGGUUUAUAAUGUGUUGUCUAUGGGUAUGCCAUGAAACAUGCCGAAUAGAUGUUACUAUGUUAAAGUGGAAAUAAAUUUUCACGUUAUUGAUGCAAUAUCCAAUUGUUAACAUCCUAUCAGAACAACCCAAAUAUCGAUUAAAGAAACAAGCUUUUCUUUACGCGAUAUUUAACGACUGACAAUGAGUUUCUUGGCAUAAUGUUGCGAAUGUAUAUGUAUAUAUACAUGUCUUUUUAUAAUUACUACAGUUGUACCCACUGCAAGCAGUUAAAUCUUUGCGACGGUUAAAUACUAUCUAUAUACGUAAUCACAAAUAAUUAAAUUCUUAAUUAUUCAUACAUAUAUGAAAAUAUAUAUAUUUAUAGACACCUAUGUAUUUUAUAAAAUGUAUUCAAUUGAGAUUAUUAUUUUUACUAAUACACACAUUAAUCUUGAAUAUUGUUAAAUAUUUAUAAUGAAUACUAACUCAAGGAAAAUAAACCAGCGAAAUAUG